GGACGGACGGUGGGUGACACAUGCGCAGUGCUGAGCCGGGGCUGGUCGGGCUGCUAAGGCGCCCGUGUCUUGGGCGUCGGGGAGAGUCUCGGUGGCUGUAAAUAUGGAUGUGGCGUACGUUUGUGAAUGGGACAAGUGGCCGAAGAGCAAUUACUGUCCCUCUGUGCCGCUAGUGUGCGCCUGGUCCUGCAGGAACUUAGUUGCCUUCACUACCGACCUGAAGAACGAAGAGGAGCAAGAUCUUACUUAUAUGGUUCACAUUUUGGACACUGAACAUCCUUGGGAUGUCUACUCCAUCAACUCUGGACACCACGAAGUGAUCACCUCUCUGGAAUGGGACCAAUCUGGUUCCCGGCUGUUAUCGGCUGAUGCUGAUGGUCAAGUGAAAUGUUGGAGUAUGACUGAUCACCUUGUAAAUAGCUGGGACAACAUAGUCGGGAGCUCAGUGGAUGGCGACCCUAUUGUAGCCUUGUCGUGGUUGCACAAUGGUGUCAAAUUGGCCUUGCAUGUAGAAAAGUCUGGAGCAUCCAAUUUUGGUGAGAAGUUUUCACGAGUGAAAUUCUCCCCGUCCUUGACGCUCUUUGGAGGGAAACCAAUGGAAGGUUGGAUUGCUGUAACCAUCAGUGGUCUAGUGACUGUGUCAUUACUGAAACCCAGUGGACAGGUUCUCACUGCUACAGAAAGUUUAUCACGGCUGAGGAGCAGAGUUGCACUAGCAGACAUUGCAUUCACUGGUGGUGGAAACAUUGUGGUGACCACGUCAGAUGGCAGCAGUUCAUCACCUGUUCAGUUUUAUAAAGUCUGUGUGAGUGUUGUUAAUGAGAAGUGCAAAAUUGACACUGAGCUGCUUCCAUCGCUCUUCAUGCGCUGUACAACUGACGCUGCUCGGAAGGAGAAAUACCCAGCCGUCACUCACCUGAAGUUUUUAACAAGGGAAACCUCUGAGCAGGUGUUGCUAUGUGCUUCCAGUCUGACAGGCAGCAUUGUAGAAUGUUGGUCAUUACGGAAAGAAGGGUUGCCAGUAAGCAAUAGCUUUCAGACAAUAUCCCCUGUGGGUGAUAAGCAGCCAAGCAUCCUGAAAUGGAGGAUUCUAUCUACAACCAAUGACCUGGAUCGUGUAACAGCUGUGGGUUUACCCAAACUUCCUAUCUCACUUACCAACACUGACCUAAAGGUGGCAACAGACACCAAAUUCUUUCCAGGCCUUGGUCUUGCAUUAGCAUACCAUGAUGGAACUAUUCACAUUGUUCACAGGCUUUCAUUGCAAACUAUGGGAAUCUUCUACAGCAUUCCCUCCCAACGACCAACAGAUGACCAAUCUAUUAAACGACAGCGCACAACUGCAUCUUCUGUGCAUUUCAAAGCACUGCAGCUGUCCUGGACUUCAUUGGCAUUAGUUGGAAUAGACAGCCAGGGGAAGUUGAGCAUGCUAAGGAUCUCUCCUUCAAUGGGACACACAUUAGAUAUGAACACAUCACUGCGUCAUCUCCUUUUCCUAUUGGAAUACUGUAUGGUGACUGGUUACGACUGGUGGGAUAUCCUUUUACAUGUACAGCCUAACAUGGUGCAAAACCUAGUGGAGAAACUACAUGAGGAAUACACACGCCAGAAUCAGGCUUUGCAGCAGGUUCUAUCCACACGAAUAGUUGCCAUGAAAGCAUCUUUGUGCAAGCUGUCAACAAAUACACUGGCCAGAGCCUGUGAUUUCCAUGCAAAGCUGCUGUUGAUUGCAAUCGGUUCCACACUUAAAUCACUUCUUCGACCACACUUGCUGAACACGCCAGAUAAAAGCCCUGGAGAACGACUAACUGAGAUCUGCUGUAAAAACACUGACACUGAUAUUGAUAAAGUUAUGAUAAAUUUAAAAACUGAAGAGUUUGUUCUGGAUGCUUGGGUGUUGCAGUCUCUUCAGCAGCUCAUUCAGUGGGUUGGAGACUUUGUGCUGUAUCUACUGGCUAGUCUGCCCAAUCAGGGUUCUCCUGUUCGUCCAGGAUUUAGUUUCCUCAGAGACGGUACCUCACUUGGCAUGCUGAGAGAACUAAUGGUGGUGAUCCGAAUUUGGGGUCUCCUUAAACCUGGUUGUUUGCCAAUAUACACUGCUACAUCAGACACUCAGGAUAGUAUGUCCCUGCUUUUUCGACUACUCACCAAACUCUGGCUCUGCUGUAGAGAUGAGAACCAUAUGACUGAACCCGAUGACAAUCUGAUUGAUGAAUGUUGUCUGCUUCCCAGCCAGCUGCUUGUCCCCAGCAUGGACUGGCUGCCAGUGAAUGAUGGAAUUAUUGGCAAGUUGCAGAGCAAACAGCCAUUAAAGCUGCAGUUUGGAAAGCCAGUCAGCAUACCUAGCCACUUUGCAACUUCUCAGCUUGAUAUCUUUGCAAGGUCACCGGGGUAUCAGAAGAUGGACAAUUUAAGACGACUUAAUUUAGGAGUAUGCCCAACAGAAGAAACCAAAUCCUGUACUAGAUGUGGAUGCAACACCAUGCUGAAAUCACCAAACAAGUCAACUGCAGUUAAGCAAUGGGAGCAGCGGUGGAUUAAGAACUGUCUGUGUGGGGGGCUGUGGCGUAAAUUCCCUAUUAGUCUGACCUGAAUAACAUCAGUUACUUUGUACUGGUAAUGAAGUACACCAUCAAAAAUGUACUGAUGUUCAAAAGAUAUUUGUAUAUUGCUUGUAAUUCUCACAGUUAAAUGUUUUUUGAAAUUUUUAAUAGAAUUGAGUAAAUUGAUAUUUUUUU